AUAUUUAUGCGCUAAUUUUGCUCCUGCAUCUUCUCUGUAUACAUGAAACCCGUUGCAUGGCGUUGGGUUAUCCCCUAAGUUCUCGUCUAGCAAAUAGAAGAGCAGAUGAACUUAUACCCGAAAUAUCUCCAACUGCAGCCCCUGAGCCCUUUCUUCCUCUGCUUGCACCAUCUCCGUUGACGCCAUUCGCGAAUAGCACAAUCCCCAAAUUAUCUGGACUUUGUGUGCUGAACUUUACUGCCCUCACAAACAUGAUGGUGGUGACGUCAACUGAUUGUAUGGCUGCAUUCGCUCCGCUUUUAGCUAAUGUAGUGUGCUGUCCACAAGUGGAGACCACGUUGGUCAUUCUGAUCGGUCAGUCUAGUAAACAUACAAAUACACUUGCUUUAAACGGGAGUCUUGCGGCGCAUUGCCUUUCAGAUUUCGAGCAGAUUCUGGUGGGCCAGGGAGCAAAUGAUAGUCUAUCUAAGAUAUGCUCCGUUCAUUCGUCAAAUCUUACUGAAGGUUCUUGUCCGGUUAGCGAUGUUGCUGAGUUUGAGAGUACAGUAGAUUCGGCCAACCUCCUUGCUGCCUGUGGAAAGAUUGACAUUGUGAAUGAAUGCUGCGAGCAACUCUGUCAGAAUGCAAUUCUGGAUGCUGCUACAAAGCUUGCUCAAAAAGCUUAUAAUCUUUUGAGCCUGGAUGGUUCCCAUGUGCUGUCUGAUCAUUCGACCAGAAUUAAUGACUGCAAGAGUAUUGUACUCAGAUGGCUUGGAUGCAAACUUGAGCCGUCUCGUGCAAAAGAAGUACUUCGAGGACUUUCCAAUUGCAGAAUUAAUAAAGUAUGUCCUCUGAAGUUUCCAAACAUGAGCCAUGUCAUAGAAGGGUGUGGUACUGCAAUAAGUAACCGGACAGCAUGUUGCAGUUCCGUCGAGAACUACGUCUCUCACCUGCAACGGCAGAGCUUUGUCACAAACUUGCAAGCUUUAAACUGUGCUGCAUCACUUGGAACAAAACUUCGGAAAGCAAACAUUACCCAAAAUGUCUACAGCCAAUGUCAUAUUAGCCUCAAGGACUUCUCCCUCCAAGUUGGUACUCAGGAGUCGGGAUGCCUUCUUCCCAGCCUGCCAUCAGAUGUAGUGUUCGACAAAUCUACAGGGGUCAGCUUCCUCUGUGAUUUGAAUGACAAUAUUCCAGCUCCUUGGCCUGCCGCCUCUCAGUUGCCGGCUUCAUCAUGCAACAGAACUGUCAAAAUUCCUGCCCUUCCUGCAGCGGCCUCCGGGCAAAGCAGUUUUGAGAGCAAAGACGCAAAGGCUUUACUGUGUUUAAUGGUCUCUGCUGCUCUCUUGAUUCUUAUGUAAAGUCUAGCAGUAGAGCCAAUCUUGUUACCUUGAAUCGGAGGUGAGAAGCUGAGAUUUGGGCAGUGUGGUAAACUAUUGUAGUUCAAUGUGACCUGAAUUUAGGUUCGGGCCGGCCAAUUCCUAAGUCAAGAAUUGACUCGGAUAUUAUCCCGGUUCUAGUUCCCUAUAGUCAACUUACAAUUUAUAUUACUUGUGUAAUAAAGUGUUUUUGUAAAGAAGUUAAUGUAAGUAUCUAAACUUCAUAACCAUACCAUGUAUAUUUAGUUUGCAGCAAUGAUUAUUUCGUUUGCAGGUUUCUACUA